GCCGCCGCGGCUGGCCGUGGGCAUCAUGGGGACAGCCUCCUCGCUGGUGAGCCCCGCUGGCGGGGAGGUGAUCGAGGACACUUACGGGGCGGGCGGCGGCGAGGCCUGCGAGAUCCCGGUGGAGGUGAAGCCCAAGGCCCGCCUGCUGCGCAGCUCGUUCCGCAGGGGAGCGGGAGCCGGGCCCGGGUCGCUGCCUCGCGCGGCGGGCGGCGGCGGGCUGCUGGGAGCCAGCUUCAAGUCCACCGGCUCGUCAGUGCCAGAGCUGGAGUACGCGGCAGCCGAGUUCGAGCGGCUCAAGAAGGAGUAUGAGAUCUUCCGGGUCAGCAAGAACCAGGAGUUGCUGUCCAUGGGUCGCCGAGAGGCCAAGCUGGACACCGAGAACAAGCGGCUGCGGGCGGAGCUGCAGGCACUUCAGAAAACUUAUCAGAAGAUACUGCGGGAAAAAGAGGGGGCACUGGAAGCAAAAUACCAAGCCAUGGAGAGAGCAGUUACAUUUGAACAUGACAGAGACAGAGUUAAAAGGCAAUUCAAGAUUUUUAGGGAGACCAAAGAAAAUGAAAUCCAGGACUUACUGAGGGCCAAGCGGGAACUGGAGAGCAAACUUCAGAGACUGCAGGCUCAGGGUAUCCAAGUUUUUGACCCUGGAGAGUCUGAUUCUGAUGACAGCUGCACAGAUGUCACAGCUACUGGAACCCAAUGUGAAUACUGGGCCAGCAGAGCCUUGGGAAGCGAGCCUUCCAUAGGCAGCAUGAUCCAGCUUCAGCAGUCCUUCAGAGGCCCUGAGUUUGCCCACAGUUCUAUAGAUGUGGAAGGACCCUUCGCAAACAUCAACCGAGAUGACUGGGACACUGCCGUGGCUGGCUUAUUGCAGGUCACACCCUUGUUCUCACGUUCCCUGUGGAGUCACUCCGUCAGAUGUUACCUCAUCUACACAGACGAGACCCAGCCUGAAAUGGAACUUUUCCUGAAGGACCAUUCACCUAAACUUAAGAGAAUGUGUGAGACAAUGGGAUAUUUCUUCCAUGCCAUUUAUUUCCCAAUAGAUGUUGAAAACCAGUACCUCACUGUAAGAAAAUGGGAACUCGAGAAGAGUUCUUUAGUUGUUUUAUUCCUUCACUCAACGUUACCAAGUUUUCUACUAGAAGACUGCGAAGAAGCCUUUCUGCAGAACCCAGAAGGAAAACCACGAUUAAUCUACCAUCGUUUGGAGGAUGGGGAAGUCACUUCCAACUCCGUCCAGCAGUUCCUGGAUCAAGUUUCUAACCUAAGCAAGACCAACAAAGCCAAGAUCAUCGAUCACUCAGGGGAUCCUGCGGAGGGAGUGUAUAAAAUUUACAUCAGUGUGGAAAAGAUGAUUAAACAGGACAUCCUCGGCCUUGAGAUCACAGACGUGGAGGUGAAGGAUGUAGGCAGUGAGGAGUCCACUCCAGAAGAGGAUGAUUUGGGGGAUGUUCUAUGGGACAUACACGAUGAGCAAGAGCAGAUAGAAGCCUUUCAGCAGGCUUCUAACUCAGCCCAUGAACUGGGAUUCGAGAAGUAUUACCAGCGCCUGGAUGAUCUGGUGGUGGCACCAGCCCCGAUCCCACCCCUCCUGGUGUCUGGAGGACCAGGGUCUGGAAAGUCCCUUCUUUUAUCAAAGUGGAUUCAGCUGCAGCAGAAGCACUGCCCUAACACACUGAUCCUGUCUCAUUUUGUGGGGCGGCCCAUGUCGACCAGCUCGGAGCCCUCCUUGAUUAUCAAGCGGCUGACCCUGAAGCUGAUGCAGCACUUUUGGGCCGUUUCUGCACUGACACUGGAUCCUGCUAAGCUUCUGGAAGAAUUUCCACAUUGGCUGGAAAAGCUCUCUGCUCGGCAUCAGGGCAGCAUCCUCAUCAUCAUCGAUUCCAUAGAUCAAGUUCAGCAAGUGGAGAAGCACAUGAAGUGGCUGAUAGACCCCCUGCCGGUGAAUGUCAGAGUCAUUGUCUCCGUGAAUGUGGAAAGCUGCCCAGCAGCGUGGAGGUUGUGGCCUACACUGCAUCUCGAUCCUUUAAGCCCCAAAGAUGCAAAAUCCAUAAUAGUUGCAGAAUGCAGCUCUGUAGACGUGACGCUGAGCAGAGAGCAGGAGAGGCAGCUAGACCAACACUGCCGUUCUGCUGCGACCUGCAAUGCCCUCUACGUCACCCUUUUCAGCAAAAUGAUGGCGUGUGCUGGGAGAGCAGGCAACUUGGAUAAAACCCUUCGUCAGUGCCUGCAGUGUCAAGAUACAGUUUCGUUGUACAGACUCGUGCUCCGCUCCAUCCAGGAAGCCAUGCCAAGCGAUGUGGAUAAAGAGCUGAUGACGCAGAUUCUCUGCCUCAUCAACGUUAGUCACAACGGUGUGAGUGAGUCGGAGCUGAUGGAGCUGUAUCCAGAGAUGUCCUGGGCCUCCUUGUCCUCCACUGUUCACAGUUUACACAAAAUGUGUCUGCUGACUUACAGCUGUGGCUUGCUCAGGUUUCAGCAUCUGCAGGCCUGGGAAACAGUGAGACUGGAGUACAUGGAAGACCCUACCCUCAUCUCUUCAUACAGGCAAAAGUUAACCAACUAUUUCACCUCCCAGCUCAGUCAGGACAGAGUGACCUGGAGAAGCGCAGACGAGCUCCCGUGGCUUUUCCAGCAGCAAGGAAGCAAGCAGAAGCUGCAGGACUGCCUCCUCAAUCUCUUUGUGUCUCAGGACCUUUACAAAAGGGGACACUUUGCCGAGUUGCUGAGUUACUGGCAGUUUGUUGGUAAAGACAAAGGUGCCAUGGCAGCCGAGUACUUUGAGUCCCUGAAGCAUUAUGGGAACUGCGAAGGCGAGGAAAACAUGCUGUGCCUAGCUGACUUGUAUGAAACCCUUGGCCGCUUUCUAAAGGACCUCGGCCUUCUCAGUCAGGCUGUGGUACCCUUACAGAGGUCCCUAGAGAUUCGGGAGACGGCGUUAGAUCCAGACCACCCGAGAGUAGCCCAGUCCCUCCACCAACUGGCCAGUGUGUACGUCCAGUGGAAGAAGUUUGGGGAUGCAGAGCAGCUGUAUAAACAGGCCUUGGAGAUCUCGGAAAACGCUUACGGCGCCGACCAUCCACUUGCUGCCCGGGAGCUCGAGGCACUCGCAGCCUUGUACCAUAAGCAAAAUAAAUAUGAACAAGCUGAACAUUUUAGGAAAAAAUCCAUUCUAAUCCGUCAACAAGCCACAAGGAGAAAAGGCAGCCUGUACGGGUUUGCCCUGCUCCGCAGACGGGCUCUGCAGUUAGAAGAGCUCACCCUAGGCCAGGAGAAGCCUGAGAACGCCCGCACCCUCAAUGAACUGGGCGUCCUCUACUAUCUUCAAAACAACCUCGAAACGGCAGAGCAGUUUCUGAAGCGUUCCUUGGAGAUGAGGGAGCGGCUUCUAGGGCCAGAUCACCCAGACUGCGCCCAGUCCUUGAAUAACUUGGCGGCUCUUUACAAUGAAAAGAAGCAGUGCGAUAAAGCCGAGGAGCUCUACGAGCGAGCCCUGGACAUCCGUAGACGAGCCUUGGCGCCGGACCACCCUUCCCUGGCCUAUACAGUGAAGCAUCUCGCUAUCUUGUAUAAGAAAACAGGAAGAGUUGACAAAGCUGUACCUUUGUAUGAAUUGGCUGUUGAAAUUCGGCAGAAAUCCUUUGGCCCAAAGCACCCCAGCGUUGCUACUGCCUUGGUGAACUUGGCAGUCCUUCACAGCCAAAUGAAAAAGCACAGUGAAGCCCUGCCACUUUAUGAAAGAGCACUGAAGAUUUAUGAAGAUAGCUUGGGGCGGAUGCAUCCUCGAGUUGGAGAAACAUUAAAAAAUUUAGCUGUGCUCAGCUAUGAAGAAGGGAAUUUUGAAAAGGCUGCUGAACUGUACAAAAGGGCAAUGGAGAUAAAAGAAGCAGAGGCAUCACUUUUAGGUGGAAAAGCUCCUUCAAGGCAGUCAUCAAGUGGAGACACAUUUAUCUUUAAAGCAACUCAUUCACCUAAUAUUUUCCUUCCCCAAGGACAAAGACUUGAAUAUUGGCCAAGUUUACUCGGUACUUUGACCAAGUUGAAGAACUGUGGUGAGCGCAGGCUGGGCCAGCACCAUUGCCUUCCUUCCAGAACUGACAGCCAACUGCAAGGCCUCGCCCUGAGCCACUCAGAGGCAGCCUGAGGGCUAGGUGGCCAGGCGCUAAAAUCCAGACACCACUAUGGCGACUUAAACUAGACAGGGGCGCACAGAAGCACUCUUCUUCCGCCUCGGGAAGAGGCUCCAGGUUCAGGAGGAAAAAGCUAAACUAUAACUGUGACUUAUCUUUUGGGGUUUGCCCCUGUGAAAGGUAAAAAUGAUUGAAUUCACAAACAGAUAUUGAUCUUACAGCUAAUUUAUCAGAACUUAAAAUCUGAUUAUUUCAUGAUUAAUCUAAUACACUAAAAGUAUAGUAUUUACCACCUUCAACUUCAGUAAUCUGUGAUCAGUACUCUAAAAGAAUCUUCAAAAAAGCUUAAUAUCCUUUGAUCUUCCAAAGUUUAGAUUUCAUAACUCUGAAGUGUUGGGGCUGGAGAGAUGGCCUAGUGGGUAAGAGCACUGGCUGCUCUUCCAAAGGACUGGGGUUCAAUUCCCAGCACCCACAUGGCAGCUCACAGCUGUCUCUAACUCCAAUUUCAGGGGAUCUGACACCUUCACACCAAUGCAAAUAAAAAAUUAAAGAAAUUUUUUAAAAACCUAAAGUGUUAAGUGACUUUAUGGCACACAUUAUUACUGAGGUAGUCACUCAUAUGCAUAUUUCAAAUUAAGUAUGUAAUAAAAUUAUUACUUUAUCAUUAUUUUUAUCUCAUUAUUUACUAACAAUAUUUUUUGCUUUCAUGAGAAUGCCUAAAACUACAACAUUUGUGUGUAGAUCUGCAAUCUGAACAGUAAGAUUAGGUUCACACUAACAUAUUUGAUUCACAGAUUACACUAACAUAGACGUGAGUCUCAGAUCAUGUCAUUAACAUACACCUCCACAGCAAAAUGGUAAUUUUCAGACCAGUCCCUCAUAAACAAUUGGUAGGAACCAAGUUUUGUUAUAAGUUGUCCUCAGUACUUUACAGAAAGGGAAACAGGAAAGGCAAAAAUGUGAUCUGAGGCAGUCAAAGCUUCUCUAACAUAGUCUUACAGCUACUGCCUUUUCUUUUUGGCUCACAUUUGUGGGCAUCAGUGAGUAUUUUCAUGAGAAAAUACAAAAACCUGAUCAGAACCACAGAUUACCAUUCUACUAACAAUAAGAAACAAAGUGAUGAACGGCUUUACUACUGUCUAGACUCUGGGUGUUAAGAUAUUGGGACUGCUCGCCUUUCUCAUUAGGAUUCAUAGUAUUUACAAAUCUGGCCAAACCUCUGUAGUAAUUCACAACUCAGUGGUGUUAAUUCUUAACACCUGCUACCCCUUAAGUCUCUGUGGGAGAGCAAUAUGGGAUCAAUUGGUGCCUACUGCUGUAUUUUAUUUUUAUUUAUUUUUGAGAUGAUAAUCCAGUAGUUUCUAAUGAAAGAUAUUAGCAAAGUGAGACACAGUAGAGUCUGGUGCAGCCUAAGAAACCAGAAAGAGCAGAUCUGUAGAAGACAGUGGAUCCUAUGGUAUGUAUUGUGCCUUAACCAAACCUGAAAGUUUACAAUUUCAAGUAAACCUUAGAA